AUGGAAUCCACUCACGAUGUCAGCAUGGGCCACCGCGCUGCAUCUGCGAGCAUUAACAAUACAAAUACCAUUAGUGGCCCCUACCAGGACGCCGACACCUCUCCGCCCGCCCAACACCGCCGCGGCUAUCAGGCUUGCGACCCAUGUCGCAAACGCAAAGUCAAAUGCGACCUAGGAAGUGUCGAUAAUCCGAGACCGCCGCCAUGCGUACGAUGCCGCCGCGAAAGCAAACGCUGCGAGUUCUCCUCGACCAGGAGAAAGCGGAAGACAUCCGAUGCCGAACCGGAAAUCGAGGGCCCUCUGCGGCGCGAUAAGCGCAUGAUGGUGGCAGAAGCAAUGUAUGGCGACUCGACAAGCAGCAUCGCCAGCAAUGGGAACCGCGAGUCUUCUUUCGGCCCUCCGGCACCUGCACCUUAUGACAACGGAGGAGGCCUUCACAAAUACUCGUGGCCAGACAACUCGCCUAGCACCGUGCCUCAGCCAUCUCCCACCGUGCAGAAAGACCGCCACCACCACCAGCCCAGUCCCAUGUCAUCGGCCCCCUUUCACGAUGCAAGAAGCCUACAAUCAAGUGCGUACCGGGUACAUAAUCGGGGGUUGGCUGGAACCGAAAGCAGACAGACCGUCAUGAACAAGACUGCAGCGGACUUGUUGUUCCCUACGAUUAGCAACAGCCAUGAUGCCCUCCAUUUGCUUUCAGAAGCGGCUGGUCGGACGGAAGACCUGAACCGCCAGAGGCUUGAAAAUAGAGCACGACAGUCGGCUGCUUCGUACGGCGCUCAGAUGUCAGCGACCUCGUCUUCGACGCCAAGGAAUGCGCAUCACCCAUAUCCGAAACGCGCAAGCCAGAUACCGACAGAUGGUUACGGUGACAGCGGUAGCUCUGGGUACCGGAAGCAAAGCUUUGAGUCGCAUAGUGAUCCUGGCUACCUGGACGCCGUCAAGGCCUGGUCGCGGCUCCGAUUUGUCCGGGCUGGGUGGCUUAGUGUGGAAGAAGCAAUGGCCUACAUUGCUUACUACUACCAGCACCUUGCGCCACUGAGUCCGAUUGUGAUUCCAGACUUUUCGCCUCCCUCUACCCACAGGACGUUGCUCACAGACGAACCCGUGCUAGCAGUGACGAUGUUAACGACAGCCUCGCGUCAUAUGAAGCCCAAAGGCGACGGUGCCCACACUCGGGGCUACUAUAUACAUGAUCGCCUGUGGGAUUACCUUCGUGGUAUGAUCGAACGUCUCUUCUGGGGCCAGGAGAAGUUCACCGGGAACUCAGUAGGCAUGGGGACACCUAGGUCCCUUGACAUAACCCCCCCGGCUCAAGGCCAAACAUCUCUUCGGGGGCAUCUUCGAUCCCUAGGUACUGUUGAGGCACUUCUAAUACUGACAGACUGGCAUCCACGGAACUUACAUUUCCCUCCUGGUGACGAUGAAAACACCCUGCUGGACGCAGAGGCACUUCUUCCGUCACAAUCUCGCAAUGAUGGAGAGAGCGACGGUCGAGGCCAAAGUGGCGGCGGCAUCGAAGGGCGUCUCGCCUUUCAGAAAUGGCUGGAGCCAACAUGGAGAUCGGAUCGCAUGUCGUGGAUGCUCUUGAGUACUGCGCAAGCCUUAGCAUUUGAACUUGGUAUCUUCGACCGAAAGGAACCCAGUACCGUGGACUCUAUUGCUGAACAGGUACGCAAGCGACGAGUACGACGACUUAUCAUUGUAUACAUCACUCAAGGCAGUGGGCGACUUGGCAUACCAUCGAUGCUGCCGCUUGACAGGUGGAGCGAUGAUAUUGAGCCUACUUCACCGGCAGAGGCUCCAGACGCAGAUGUCUCGAUUGAUCGAAUGCAAGAUCUUUGGGUGCAGAUUUCGAAGAUCAUGUCAUUAAGCAAUUCGGACCUAUUCCCUUCUAAAGAAUAUACGUCCGAACUCAUCAAAAGCGGGCGGUACAAGCAACAGAUUGCUGAGUUCAUACCGCGCUUGCACAAGUUCAAGGCAUAUUAUGAAAGCGUCUCUUUGUCCCCCCAGAUGAAAAGCAUCCUGACUAUCGAAUACGAAUAUACCCGUAUCUACGUCAAUUGCCUUGCGUUGCAAGCGGUCGUGGAGCGGUGGACUUCCAUCAAUAAUGAACCAUCGAGUAAAUCAUCGGCAGCGACUUCUCUUCGCGUUCUAAUGGAGAUUUACCGAGUCAACGAGAAGUACAUCCAAGAGGUCGUGGAUGCUUCACGGAAGAUACUUCAUAUUGUUUUGGAUUGUCUUGUUCCAGGGCAACAUUUGAAGCAUUGCCCCGUGCGGACAUUCUUCAGGAUUCUGUCGGCGAUGAUUUUCAUUCUCAAGACUUUCACUCUCGGUGCAACAGAAGAUGAUGUCCGUGUUUCUUUGGAUCUACAGGACCGGACCAUUGAAGCGCUACGAACCUGUGUCGUGGAUGACGUCCAUCUCAGCAACACCAUCUCUCGCUUACUAGAACUGUUAACAACAAACAUCCGCACAAGGUUUCUACGGUUUGCACCAACCGAUCGAGGUGUUGACGGCGAAGGACACGAUCGCAAUUCUCAGCCAAAUUCACGUGGAUCCUCGCCUAAACCGCCCAAGGAUCAUGGCUCUGCGUCUAGAGAUGCAAGCGCACACUGGCAACAGCAACACCCACAACAACAUCAGAUCCAAACCCCCACUCCCAACAAGGUUGGAUACCAGCUCAAUCAAGGCGACGAAUUGCAGCAGCAGCAGCAGCAGCAGCAGCAACAACCCGUUGUAAGCCAUCACGACCCCUUAGCCGGCAUUCCAGCUCAACCCAUCAACUCAUCCAACAUCGGCGUUUCAUUCAUGCCUCCGCCUCCCUCUGUUUACUACAACUACCUGGGUUCAAAUGGAACGCCUCCCAAACUCGACGACGCGACGUCGAUGGCACAGCCAGUUCCUGAAGGCGGCGGCGGUCUUCCCGAUUGGUUUGCUUUGCCUCUGGACCAGUUCUUCAACAGUUCCAUUACAGGAGUAGAUCAGGGUCUUGGGGGUACCGGCCCGAUGCUUGGCGAGUUUGACAUGCUAGAGGUCCUGCUCAAUGAGCAUUCUGACAAGGACGGUAACGGUGGCCCUGGUGCGACUGGAGGCGGCGUUGCGGACGGUGUCACCGCCCCUACUGCAGGAAAUAAUCAUCAUCAUGAUCAUUUCCUAUGA